GGAGAAUUCUGGGGAGAUUUCCGACUCUUUCCAUCGCCAAAGAUGAAGCAACGCCGCGGACCUGCGCACUGAGACCGGGGGGCUCCCGCUUCAAACUGUCCUGCUUCACCAUGAACCAUGACUCAAGGUGUUGAGGUCUGGUCUCCAUCGUCCUGUGCAGUGAGGCAGUGAGCUGACGGAGGAUACAGCAUGCAUGUGUCCACGUAUCCCAUGAUGCUCUCUGCCAGCCCGGGUCUGCUCCUCCUCAGCGUCCUCUUCCUCGCCGACGCCGACUCCCCCCCGCGGUUCACCCGGACCCCGGAGGACCAGACCGGAGUCCAGGGCGGCGUGGCGUCCUUCGUGUGCCAGGCCGCCGGCGAGCCGCAGCCCAAGAUUGUGUGGAACAAGAAAGGCAAGAAAGUCAGCAACCAGAGAUUUGAGGUCAUAGAGUUUGACGACGGGUCCGGUUCGGUCUUGAGGAUCCAGCCCCUGAGGACCCCGAGAGACGAGGCUAUUUACGAAUGCCACGCCUCCAACUCGGCAGGGGAGCUCACCGCCUCCACCAGACUAAGUGUGCUCAGAGAGGACCAGCUGCCUUCAGGCUUCCCCACCAUAGACAUGGGGCCCCAGCUGAAGGUGGUGGAGCGCUCUCGGACCGCCACCAUGUUGUGCGCGGCCAGCGGAAACCCCGACCCGGAGAUUAGUUGGUUCAAGGACUUCCUGCCCGUCAACACCUCCAGCAACAACGGACGAAUCAAGCAGCUGCGCUCAGGUGCGCUACAGAUCGAGAUGAGCGAAGAGUCGGACCAGGGCAAGUAUGAGUGUGUUGCCACCAACAGCGACGGCACUCGCUAUUCCACGCCUGCAAACCUCUACGUCCGAGUCCGCCGCGUGCCCCCGCGGUUCUCCAUCCCGCCGGCGGACAGCGAGAUCAUGCCGGGCGGGAACGUCAACAUCACCUGCGUGGCGGUGGGCUCCCCCAUGCCUUACGUGAAGUGGAUGCUGGGAGCCGAGGACCUCACCCCCGAGGACGACAUGCCCAUCGGCCGCAACGUCCUGGAGCUGACGGACGUGCGGCAGUCCAACAAUUACACCUGCGUCGCCAUGUCCACGCUCGGCGUCAUCGAGGCGGUGGCGCAGAUCAUCGUGAAAGCUCUGCCCAAGGCUCCUGGCACCCCGGUGGUGACGGAAAGAACUGCAACGAGCAUCACUCUCACCUGGGACUCGGGCAACCCUGAGCCGGUCUCCUAUUACAUCAUCCAGCACCGAUCCAGAGGCUCGGAGGACGCCUACAAGGAGAUCGAUGGCAUCGCCACCACGCGCUACAGCGUGGGCGGCCUCAGCCCCUACUCACAUUACGACUUCCGCGUGGCGGCCGUCAACACCAUCGGCCAAGGACCCUCCAGCGAGGCGGUGGAGGCUCGCACGGCCGAGCAGGCGCCCUCCUCGCCCCCCCGACAGGUCAGAGGUCGCAUGCUGAGCACCACCACCGCCAUCAUCCACUGGGACGAGCCCGAGGAACCCAACGGGCAGGUGGUGGGCUACAGGGUCUACUACACGGCGGACAACUCUCUGCCAGUCAACCAGUGGGAGAAGCAGAUGGUGCGCAGUGCCAACUUCAUCACCAUCCAGGGUCUGACCCCCAACAAGACCUACUACAUCCGCGUGCUGGCCUUCACCUCGGUGGGAGACGGCCCCCUGUCCCAGGACCUGCAGAUCAUCGCCAAGACCGGCGUUCCAUCCCAGCCUUCAGAGUUCAAGGGGGAGGCCAAGUCGGAGACCAGCAUCCUGUUGUCCUGGGUGGCGCCCCCCCAGGGGGGCCCCGACAACCAGAUCACAGGAUAUGAACUGGUCUAUCGGCGAGCAGACGACAGCGAGGAGAAGAAGGUGAACUUUGAGCCCACCACCUCCUACCUGCUGAAAAACCUCAAGCCUUUCUCCGCCUACACCUUCCAGCUGGCGGCCAGGAGCAAACAUGGCGUCGGCGCGUACACCAACGAGGUGUCCAUCGACACGCCUCAGACACUUCCCUCAGCGCCUCCCCAGGACGUAACGUGCACCAGCCCCACUUCUACCAGCGUCCUGGUAAGUUGGGCGCCGCCGCCCGUGGAGUUUCAGAACGGCGUCAUUACGGGAUACACCAUCCAGUACUCCACCACGGGAGGCAACAGAACCUCCGCGAGAAUCGAGCGCAUUCCUCCGGAGAGCUCUCCGUAUCUCUUGGAAAGCCUCCAGAAAUGGACCGAGUACGGAAUAACAGUGCGGGCGCGGACGGAAGCCGGCGACGGACCGGAGAGUUUGCAGCUGAUUGUCCGCACCGAGGAAGACGUUCCGAGUGGUCCUCCUCGAGGGGUGGACGCCGAGACCGUGAACGCCUCAGCCAUUAGGGUGAAAUGGCGAGCGCCAGCCCCGGAGCUGCAACACGGUCAGAUCCGGGGCUACCAAGUCCACUAUGUGAGGAUGAACUACGGCGAGCCUCAGGGUCAGCCCUCCAUCAAGGACAUCCUCAUAGAGGACUCGCAGUGGGAAUACGAUCAAUCAGCUCAAUACGAGGCGCUGCUGGGAGGUUUGAAGGCUGACACCUCGUACUCGCUGUCGGUGGGAGCUUACACCGCCAAGGGAGACGGCGCUCGCAGCAAGCCUGUUAGCGUCUGCACCGCCAUGCCAUUGCCCGGAAAGCCCAAACUAACGGUGAGUGCGACUGACUCCGGCACCGCUGUGCUGCACUGGAGCCCACCGCCCGAUCCGCCGACCCCUCUCCUGGGUUACCGCCUCACCUUCGGCCGCGUGGACGUUCUUCCCUUCACGGUGGUUGAGUUCCCCACCAAGGAGAAUCGCUACACAGCCCAGGACAUCCACAAGGGUGCCAAUUAUGUGUUCAGACUGUCCGCCCGCAACAAAAUGGGCUAUGGAGAAGAGGCGGCUAAAGAGGUGGCCACCCCUGAAGAUGCUCCGACUGGAUACCCAGAAAAUAUCAUCUCAGAGGAGAUGUCUGCCAACUCCCUUCGACUGACUUGGAAAGCAGUGCCGCUCAUUGAGCAAAAUGGGAAAAUCACAAAGUACUCGGUGCUGUACAAGGAUGUAAACAGUCGGGGGAAUGCCUCAGAAGUUGUGGUGCCCACUCCAGAGUCGAGUGUUUUGUUGGAGGGUCUGAGUCCUGAUACCGUGUAUCAUGUCAGGAUGUGCGCGUUCACAACUGUCGGGCCCGGUCCGUACAGCCCCGGUGUCCAGUUUCGGACGCAGCGGCUAGACCAAGUUUUUGCCACCAACUUCAAAGUGAAGGCCGCCAUGAAGAACUCGGUGCUGUUGUCCUGGGACGUCCGAGACAAGAAUCCUACCCAGCCGUUCACUAUCCUGUAUGGAAAGGGUCAGUCCGUGGAGGUGGACGGGAAGCAGUCCCAGAAGCUGAUCACCGGUUUGCAGCCAGACACUCUGUACUCCUUUUUGCUAACCAACCGGGCCAACAGUGCUGGGGGCCUUCAGCAUCGCGUCACAGCCACCACCGCUCCCGACAUCCUGAAAACCAAGCCCGUGGUGGUGGGGAAGACCAACGCCGACGGCAUGGUGACUGUGCAACUUCCAUCUGUGCAGACGGCAGCUAAAGUCAAGGGUUAUUACGUGGUGGUGGUGCCCCUGAAGAAGCAACGGGGAGGAAAGUUCCUGAAUCCCUGGGAGGAGCCGGACCAGAUGAACCUGGAUGAGCUGCUGAGGGAGAUUAACAGAACGAGCGCAAGCCGAGCGCUGCGUGUUCGCAGGCAGGCCGGCCUAUCAGAUCCCAGGUCCUACGUCAGCGCCCACUUCAAAACUCUGCCCAUGGAGUUCACGCUGGGCGACGGACGGAACUACGGCGACUUCCGCAAUCCUGCGCUGCUGAACGGCCAAGAGUACGUCUUCUUCGUGCUGGCCCUGCUCGACCUCUCCGAGAACACCAUGUUCUCCACCAGCCCGUACUCGGACCCGGUCACCUCAUCAGACGUGGACCCCCAGCCUAUCGUUGACGAGGAGGAGGGUCUCCUGUGGGUGGUGGGUCCUGUGCUGGCGGUCAUCUUCAUCGUCUGCAUCGUCAUCGCCAUCCUCCUUUUUAAAAGCAAACCUGACAGGAAACGGGCUGAGGCGGAGGGCAGGAAAGGCAGCUUCCCAUGCAGCAAAGCCAUGUCGUCCCACCACCCCACCGACCCCGUGGAGCUGCGCAGGAUCAACUUCCAGACCCCAGGCAUGGCCACGCAUCCUCCGCUCGCCAUCUCGGAGCUGGCGGAGAACAUCGAGCGCCUGAAAGCCAACGAUAACCUCAAGUUCUCUCAGGAGUACGAGUCCAUCGACCCGGGUCAGCAGUUCACCUGGGAGAACUCCAACCUGGAGGUGAACAAGCCAAAGAACCGCUACGCCAACGUCAUCGCCUACGACCACUCCAGGGUCAUCCUGUCCGGCAUCGAGGGUGUGCCAGGGAGCGACUACAUCAACGCCAACUACAUCGAUGGCUACCGCCGUCAGAACGCCUACAUCGCCACUCAGGGCUCGCUCCCGGAGACCUUCGGGGACUUCUGGAGGAUGGUGUGGGAGCAGCACACCGCCAACAUCAUCAUGAUGACCAAGCUGGAGGAGAAGUCCAGGGUGAAGUGUGACCAGUACUGGCCCACGCGAGGGACAGAAACCUACGGUCUGAUCCAGGUCACUCUGCUGGACACGGUGGAGCUGGCCACCUACUCCGUCAGGACCUUUGCUCUGUACAAGAGCGGCUCCAAUGAGAAGCGAGAAGUUCGUCACUUCCAGUUCACGGCCUGGCCAGACCACGGCGUGCCCGAGCAUCCCACCCCGUUCCUGGCCUUCCUGCGUCGGGUGAAGGCCUGCAACCCUCCAGAUGCUGGACCCAUGAUCGUCCACUGCAGCGCGGGGGUGGGCCGCACGGGCUGCUUCAUCGUGAUCGACGCCAUGGCGGAGCGGAUCAAGCACGAGAAGACGGUGGACGCCUACGGCCAUGUCACGCUCAUGCGCUCCCAGAGGAACUACAUGGUCCAGACCGA